GCUAUAAUCGGCAACGUCAGUUGCUAUCGGUGUUGAGUGUUGACCUGUGAGUCGCUGUUACUUCUCUGCUAUAACGCUAUUUCAGUUAUAACAUAAAUAUGUAAAUAAUGUACAAAAACUUUGAUAUUUGGGAUCAUUUUGAAAAUAUCGGUCAAUACAAGGCUUUAUGUAAAUAUUGUCAAAAUAAAUACGUUCACAGCGGAGUAACACAUAACCUCCUGCAACAUUUAUUUACCAAACAUAUCGACAAAAUGGGCAUAGGCGAAAAGUAUUCAAAAUUACCAUGUUCUGUUCUGUGGGAAUAUUUCACCAAAGUAGGCGAGGACAAGAUGGCCAUGUGCAAUUUCUGUGAUAAAUUGUUAUCUUAUAAGACAACGGUGACGAACUUAAAAGUGCAUUUGUCGCGGAGUCACACCGAGUCGUUCCUCCGACUUCUGCAGAACUUGCCUCCCGCCGAAAAGAUCGAUCAUAAUGAUAGCGCGGCCACCGUUAACGACGAGGAUUCGAACGAAUCGGACCAACUAACGCCGGACAUCUGGAACUUCUUCGAGCAGGAGACGGGCGGGCGCGCCAGGUGCGUCGUGUGCCGCACCUCGCGCCCCAACAACGUGGACGAUCUUAGGAACCACCUGGCAGAGAAACAUCCCAAACUCCUCACCGGGACCAGUCAGGAGACAGUGGUCUCGGAGGAGUCCGGCGACGAAGACAGCGGCAACUACACCGAAGUUAUAUACGUGGAGGAGGACACUAAAGGGAAACCUUCGAAAUACUACGUGAAGGAGCCCAAGCACAGUAGCAGGAGGAAGGAGCACAGGCCGAAGAAGGAGCACAAACCGAAGAAGGGGGAGCGGGACAGGCGGCUUAGCGCCUCGUCUGAUGAUCUCCCUAUAAAGAGGCGUAGAACAGAGGAGUGCAAUGAGCCAGACCAGAUCGACUCCUUCCUUACAUACAUCAAAUGUCUGUUGCGGCAGGUCCCGAAUGACAUGUGCGCGAAACUGCAGAUGGAAAUCGUCAAUUUAAUAAUGAAGGAAAAAUUAAAAGGUGUCGCCGAGGUUCCAGAUAAUUCUCUGAGCAUCACAAAAGAAGUGAAUAUUGAGAGAGCGGAUGUGAUAUCCGUGGCUCUAGCGGAUGCGGAUAUCGCGCCGCUGACCGAUAGUAGCCACUGCUACGUUGAAGAUAAGAGUGAGAAUUGAAGGGACUAGGUCGUUGUGAUCAAUUCUAUAGACUGUGGGUGAUUAAUUGUCACCAAGUCAAUCAUCAGCAGUGCCACAUUCCUGAUAUUUAUGAUUUAGAAGUUGGUAGGUUUGUAUGCAAUCCGUAUUGUUUUCUGUCAUUAAGUAGAAAUUUGGCAGCAAUAAUAUUGUUUGUUAAGAAAUUAAAGACAGCAAUGACGAAGGAUCCUUAUAAUACGGUUCUUGCCGACUUCGCUUUAUUUAGAAUCUAAUUAUCAUCAGACCGAUUUGGAACCCAUAUUUAUGCAUAUGAGUAACUAUGUUGUAGUGGGUUUCCUUUUGGAAAUGUUCAUCUGUCGCUACUGCUAGGAAGGUUCUGGCUGGCGGUAAUGGUAUUUUGAUGCAGGCAUGGCGCCUGACUGGCGACCGAUCUGCAAUCACAAGUUAUAAAAUAACUUCAUAUGUAUAUAACUAUGUAAGAAUUAUAUGAUUAAGUUUUGGAGUUUAAGUAAAUAUUAUUUUUGCAAA